AUAUCCUGUGCAAUCACUCAUUUUGGUGCAAGCGUGCAAUCAAACUAUCCAGAGCAUUCAAUCUAGAUCCAACGGUUUCAUAUGGAAGGGGUUAAAAGUAAAAUAGGUACUAUGUUUUAGGUGAAAGGGGUUAAAUAUAAAAUAACAAUCAUCAUUAGAUCUAGAUCGGAUGCACCAGAUCGUUUAAUUGCAUGCUUACACCAGGAUAAGUGAUUGCAUAGGAUAUUUUCCCAUAUAUGAGCAUCAUUCGUUAAAAAUCGCUUUAACUAACUAGCACGUUUCAAAAGAAAAAAAAUCGAGAUGGAUGGAUUCUAAAUAUUUUUAAAUUUAACUUGAUUUAUCUAAAAUUCCAGCCUACUGGCCCACGUCUAUACCCAUCGUCUCUCGGAUAGUCGAAUCUAUUCGCGGAAGCGGGCGAGACCGGGUGGCCCGAUAGAUGUCCAGGUACGGCCCAUCCCAGCCUCUUCGAUCUAAUCGCUGCAGAGGGGAGAUGGAGAGCCGUUCUAUCUCCAGUAGAGAAGUCAUUCGGACAUGUGGGCCACAUCUCCACCGCCGCUCCCACUCCAGCUCCGGCGACCGCCGCAUCCUCGCUUCAUCGCCCGCCGCCGUAACAAGCGGCUGGACCGCAUCGCGGCCUCACAGGACCCGCUAACCGCGCUGACCCGGGUGCUGUGGGGAGGCGCGCUGCCGCCGGCGCAGCUCGUCGUCGCCGUGCGCCACGGCUGGACCACGGCGUGGCAGCUCCUGAUGCGGCAGCUGGCGCCGUCCGACCCCGCGACGGGCGGCUUCGCCCGUGCCCCUGCCCGCUUCCCCGCCGUCGUGGGGAAGCCCAGCUCCCGGCUCCACCUCUACGUGGGCCUCCCCUGCCCCUGGGCGCACCGCGCCCUCGUCGUCCGCGCGCUGCUCGGCCUCGAGGCCCGCCUCCCGGUCUCCGUCGCCGUCCCCGGGGACGACGGCGCGUGGUCCUUCACGCCCGGCAGCCCCGACCUGCUCUACGGCAAGCGGAAGCUCCGGGAGGUGUACGCCCUGCGCGGCGGCGGGUUCGAGGGCAGGGCAUCGGUGCCGAUGCUUUGGGACGCCGAGCGCUGCGAGGUGGUCUGCAACGAGAGCAUCGAGAUCGUCAAGUUCCUCUGCGACCUCGCUGGCGACGGCGCCGGUGACCUCGACCUGUGGCCGCCGGAGCUGCGCCAGGACAUCGACCGCUGGUACAGCAUCAUCUACCCCAGCGUCAACAACGGCGUGUACAGAGCCAGGAGGCGUACGACGCCGCGGCGAGCGAGCUGUUCGGCGCGCUCGACAGGCUGGAGGCCCACCUCGCCGGCUGCCGUUACCUGUGCGGGGACAGGCUCACGCUGGCGGACGUCUGCCUCUUCACGACGCUCAUCCGAUUCGAUCUCGUCUACAACACGCUGUUCAGGUGCACCAGGCGGAAGCUGGCCGAGUACCCUAGCCUCCAUGCCUACACGCGCGACAUCUACCAGAUGCCCAAGGUCGCCGAGACGUGCGACAUGGAGGCCAUCAUGGCAGGAUACUUCAAGACACUCUUCCCCCUCAACCCCGGCGGGAUCCAGCCACACCCGCCGGCCACCUGCGAUAGGGAGUCGCUCUUGAGGCCGCAUGGUAGGGAGGCCUUGUCCUCUGCUGCUGGCACGCCGCUUGAAGCAGCUGCGGUUUCAUAAUUCAUUCAGGCUUUGAACAAAACUUCUGAAACUGCAGAAAGAGUUUAUAGUUCUACCAGAUACUGAUGCUUCAGCUUCACAGGAUCAAAUCACAUCGCAGUAACUGCCAUGUGCAAAUUCUUAUUUUGUCCAUAUAAGUCACUGGUUAAUUAUAUUGGCAAGAUCUGUGCUGCCAAUGGUGAUUAUGAUAGUCUCUUUGGAUGAAGAUAUAUUUGGUUCUGCUCAGUGUACCUAAACUAGAAUACUUAGUGUAAAAAAUCGCUCAUGUUUGAACAUGUAAAUAAAUUUUGUAAAGCAGUUGAUCAGUUGUAUAAUGGCAUGUGUUCUGUUCAAUAGAAUCCGUUACAGAGACAUCUUUUGUCUGUGCUUAUAUA